AUGCCCGCUGCCCGGUGGCUGGUCGGCGCCGUGCUCGCCGCCGCGUGCCCGCUGGGCUCCUGCGAGGUCCGCCGCUUCUCCUGGGCGGCGCCCGCGGAGCACCCGCACCUGCGCCGCCUGACCGCCAGCGGCUCGGCCCCGGACACGCUGAACGUCACCCUGGACAUCGUGAAGCUGGACACCUUCGGCGUGGAAGGGGCGAAGAUGGACGUCAGCUUCCUGAGGGAGGACGGCGCUCGCAUCCGCCUCUACUUCCCCGGCACUGAGGGGAAUCAGGGGCGGAACAUGCCGCACUGGCUCCAAAUGAACCGUGCGGUCACCCUCGUCGGCCAUGCGGAGAACGAUGCGCUGGCCGCGCAGCAGGAGAGGGACGAGCUCGACAACCUCGAGAUGUCCGCUGGCCUCACGCCGCUGGGGGCAGACGGGAUGGAGGUUUUCGACACCCGGGAGCUCUUCGUUGUAGAGGCCGCCCAGGGUGAGGUGGACUCCGAGGAGUUCGGGGCCAACGCUUCGCGCCGCUUGUCCAGCGGCCUUGCGCCGACCGUGCUGGACACCGUGGUGGUCCUCAUCUCUCCCUGCGGAGAGAAGCUGGUGCACUCCACCCCGCACGGCGUGCAGAGCGCUGUAUUCAGCAACGGCGCCGGCUCUGUCAACAGCAUCCUCAAAGAUUGUGCCUCCGUCAGCAGCGUGAAGGACAUCUCUGUCACGGGAGACGUCAUCGGACCUAUCGAGAUAUGCCCGUCGAGCAGAGACAUGUACGCAGUCACCGCAGCGUGCAAUGAUCACCUGAAGAAUGACCCGAGGUGGACCGGCAACUACUAUAAGGCCAUGGUACUUCCAGACGACUGGCUCGGCAACGCGGCGGGCAUGGGCGAGCUCAAGGGACCCAACACGUGGUACCGCGACAGCGUUACUCAGGGCUCUUCUGUGUUCAUCCACGAGUACGGGCACAAUUUCGGGCUCCACCACGCCAACGGCAAGUACAUCUGGCAUGAGUAUAUGGACUGGAGCUCCGCGAUGGGCAAUCCCAUGACUGGCAGGUGCUUCAACUUCCUGCAGCAGUGGCAGCUCGGCUACUCGGCAUUCAUGGACCAGGAUGUCAGCGUGGAGCAGAUACUGGCUGGCAGCGAGGUCCCCCUCACACUGCCCGAGGUGGGAGUGCACCACCAGAGCGGUGUGAGGCUCAACCUGCCGCCCCCGGCGGACGGCACCCUGACCUUCGGCGACGAGCCCUUCCUGGUGCUGUCUUGGCGCAGCCGUGGCGGCUUCGACAAGCACAUCAGCAGCAGCAGCUCUGCCAACAGGGUCUACGUGCACCAGUGGUCCGGCGACCAGGCGCGCAGCAUGCAGACGCUGCAGCUGCAUGCGGCGGAGCGCGGCACCACCACGCUCAUCGAGUACACCGAGCCGCAGGAACUGCGAACCUCGGUGCCGACGGGCAUCAAGAUGACGGUGAUGGGAUCAACGUACGUCUGGCAGAACGAGAAGAUUGAAGUCGUAUUGUGCGCGGCUACCGACGCCGACCUCGCGGGCAACCUGAACCCCUGCAGCAGCGCCACUACCACGACCACCACCCCUCCGCCGCCUCCGCCCCUGCCGCCUAGCACGUGGGGCGCGUCUUUUUCGAGCGAAGCGACAUCACAGCAGGUCUCGUGCAGUGGCGUGCUCGUAGGCAUGGAUUGCAGUGGGCAGUAUUGCGGCACCCAGAGGUACAAGUGCAGGACGGACAUCACGACCUCAGCUGCUGGCGCUAGCACCAUCAUGGUAGAGACGGACACUGGCAACGCAUUCUGCCCUGCUGGCCAGGUUGCGACCCGGGUCACGUGCGUCGGGGCCAGUUGCCGCAAGUUCAUGCUGCACUGCAACGCCCCGACGAACGCCGAGAUCUGGCCCUCAGGAUGGACAGGUGGUGGUGCGGGUUGGUUCCCGCCUGCGUUGCACGGGAUUGGGGAGGGUAUCUGCGACGAGGGGCGUGGAGUGAUCAUCGGCAUUUAUUGUGGCGCUGCGCAGUGUGGCCGCAAGAUGUUCCUUUGCGCCGACUGGAAGCAGGAGCCGCCAGCACCGACGGCGGAGCCGACUGCGACGCCCGCGCCGAUGACGGAGCCGACUGCGACGCCCAGUCCGACUCCGACCUGCAUCCCAGUCUGCAUGUCGCAGGGGCUCGUGUGUGGAGACGACGGCUGCGGUGGCUCGUGUGGCCAGUGCUCGUCGCCGGAGUACUGCGUCAAUAGCACUGGCCAGUGCGGCGGGGCGUACCUGAUGUCCGCGUGGGGCAGCUCGGAGGCCGCGAUCCCAGACGGAAAUCUCACCGCCACGGGCCUGUCGUGCCAGGGCGACUACUGCACCUCAGUCCAGCUCACUCUCCUUGGCAUCGUCACGGACGCGACGACUGUGGAGUACUCGGCGUGGCUGUCGGACAACCUGGGCGCGAAGUACGUGUGGAACGAAGGCGAGGAGGCCGGCGGGUAUGUAGCCGACUGCCCCGAGGACAAGGUGGUGUCGAACAUCGAGUGCCAGGGCAAGUAUUGCGACAACAUCCGCAUGCACUGCGCGACGCCUCUGCAUUACGUUGUUGACAUGGGGGCCGCACCCUGGCACUCCGAUUGGUUCAGCGAGGAGGAGGGUCGCGUGGACUGCCCGGAGGACUACGCCAUCACUGGCAUCGAGUGCAGGCAGCACGAGGGUUUCUUCUGCCUGUUUAAGUGCGGCGACUACUGCGACGACAAGCGCCUGAGGUGCAGCGCGAUCAAGCCCGCGGCGGUGGGCAAGGCAGCGACCGGCAUCCUGUCGUACUCUCAGCUGGCCGAACGCAUCCAGGACGGCAGCCUCGAGCAGGGUGAGAAGCUGACCGCGCCCAGCCACGAUGGCCUGGUCUCUGCUGCACCAGGGCGCGGGCUGGGCGCGGCCCUCGUGGCCCUCGUGGCCCCCCUGGCCGCCGGAGUGGAAGCGCUGUGA